CAAAUGUACACAAAACAUCACAAGGUUAUAUAGACAAAGUUUAUUUACAAAAUAAAAAUGUUUGUGACACCAGUUACGAUUUUGUGUGUCUUGGCAUAUUUCAGGAUUACUGACUGUGUAGAUAUCACCAUUUCUGUCAAACCGCAAGUAAUCUUUGAAAACAACUCGGUUUUGAUUCAAUGUGGCGCAGGAUAUGAUGCAAACAGUCUUGUGUUGGUAAGGGGGCCUCCACAUAAUAAAAGAAUACUAUAUUCCUAUUUUACUGGCAGCGGUUGUACUUUGGACUAUGAAAAAUUGUUAGAUCAGUGCACUUGUGAUAAUCAAAACAAAAACAUUGAGUGCAUCAUUGCAACGAUAUCGAGAAGAGAAACCGGAUUGUGGCAGUGUACAGACUUUUUUGGACGCAUGAAUAGUACUCUUGUUGAAUUGAUAGUGAAAGUACCCAUACAAGGAGCGAUCAUACCAUCGGAUGUACAAAAUGUUGUGACAAUAGACGAUACCAAACAGGUAACGCUGAAAUGUGAAGCACCCAAUGGGUUUCCGUCUGCAAAUAUCAGUUGGUUUGUGGACAACAAAACGCCCAGUCAGUCAAAUGAUGAUACCGAUAUUACAAAGUUUUCGGCGGUCACGAUUCAGUCUAACGAUGAUGGAACAACAACUGCUGAAAGCAGGGUUUCCUUUAACGUAAGUGCAGAACAUAAUGGAAUGCUACUGUACUGCACAGCAAAUAACACUGCUGAGGCUAAAAUCUUCAGCAGACGGAUUCAUCUUAAUAUCAUAUACAACCCGGAUAAACGUGUUUUCGUAAACAAUCAAACAAAUAAUACAGACUACUACUUGAUACGAAAUUCCAACACAAGGCAAUCUUUACGAUGCGAAGUAAACGGUGGAAAUCCUCUUGCAACUCUGAAAUGGUCUUGCUACGAUGGUAUUCAAAGCGACGAGAAUUCACAGUCCAGUGCUAUAAGUACCGUCAAUUGGAUCGCUGCUAAUCUAAGCGACUCAGCAUGCAUCUGCUCGGCAUCGCAUAUUCUUGGAUGGACGGAUCGGCGAUUCGUGAAUAUACACGUGUAUUAUGAACCCAAUCCUCCAACGUGUACACUUGGUAGUGCAAAUGUGAGCAAAGGCGUUUUAAACGUGACUUUAAACUCAAACGUUCUAAUUACUUGUAAAAGUGAAGGAAAUCCGGCUCCUGAAAAGUUUACUUGGACGUGGCCUACUAGCCAAACAUCUGAAGGAAAAACCCUUUCAUUAAAUAAUGUACAAAUACCACAUGAUGGGUUAUACAUAUUAAGUGUUGAGAAUAUCAUGAAGCCUAGCAUUGGACAGGUCGUCAACGGACGUUCAAAUACUACGUUUGACGUGAACAUUCAAUACCCACCAACUAUAACGAAUACUGAAAGUAAUCUAGUUGCUAUAGAAGGUACAAACUUUAGCAUAAAUUGCAUAGUGUCUCUAGGAAACCCAAAGGAAUCUUUUGUUACUUGGAAAAGGGAGUCGAAUGCAACAGCCGAAAAGGUUGGACAGCUGAUCGACUUUCUGAACAUUUCUCGAACUGACGAAGGCAAUUUUUCAUGUGUUGCAAGAAAUAGAAUGACAUCGACUGGCAGUGCAGAAGAAGAUGGCGUCGACAAACAACACUUUUAUAUCGAUGUUCAGUAUAAAGCAAAAAUACAGCGAUUUGUUGCCUUACCUGCUACGGUGAAACAUACAGAGGAAUUAAGCUUUGAGUGUGAUAUAGACAGUGACCCGCCCGCUAAUGUCAGUAUAGUGUCUCCAAACGGCACAGCAUUGCAUUCUACACGUGAAGGCAAUCAGCUGCGAUAUAGAAAGAUCAGUUCAUGCUUGGAGGACAUCGGCAAUUUCACGUGUAUUUCUGAAAAUAAGCAUAACGGCGGACUGCCCGAGAGCAGAAAUCUUACAAUUGAUGUCGGGUGUUCGCCGAGAUACCGACCUAAUUACCUACCAGAGACGGUUGUCAAAUCAACAGUGGGAAAACAGACGACGCUUUAUUUCAGUAUAUUUUCAAAUCCUUUACCCAAACGUGUAAUAUGGACAAAUCUUUCAAACAACAUGCAACUACCUAUUAACACAAAUGAAUCGGAUAGAGUGUGUAUUACAACACGUGAUGACAUGCUGUCAUCCGUGGUUGUUAUCAAAAGUACAGAGCCAUGGGACUUUGGGAAUUACUCUGUGCGUGUAGAAAACGAAAUUGGAAGCAAGACUGAAACGUUAAGCAUUGUUUUAGACGAAUCACCAGCACCAGCGGAAACUUCGUCAACUACCAACUCUGCCUUAAUUGGAGGUUCCGUCAGUGCUACUAUGGCUUUAAUAGCUCUACUAAUUGUAGCAUAUGUCUAUAGAAAACGACAGACAUUUAAAGCGAAUAAUGAUCUUCACGUCAAGAACGACAAUACACAGCAUUAUGAAAACGGGUACGAAGAAUUAACAACAUUAGAACGACGCACGGGCGAAAAGGCGUAUUCUGAUCUUGAUUUUCAACAAAGAAAGGAGAAAAACAAUCAGAAAAAAAUGUCAGCUGAAGACGAAACGUAUGUUAACCUUAAACUGGACACAGGACGAAUUCAAAUAUCUUCAACGUGACCCAGAGGUUUACUGUUUCUAUGACGAUCCUUUUGCAAACAUGACUUUUGUUGUUGUUUUUACUUGCAUGUUGUGCUCUAUAAACUAAGUAUGUAUUGUACAUUAUAUCAGUAUCAUUCUGAUAACACAUUGACUCAGCCUUCUCAAGUCAGUCAAAUGAUUGACUGAUUGACUCAACAUUCUAAAUGUUAGAUAGGAGCUUGACUCAAUGUCCGAAAGAAGCUUGAUUCAACCUACAUUAUGCUAUACAGAAGCUUUGCUCAUCCUCAUCAAUGAAGAAUUGAACUCAAUAAUCAAUCAAGUAUUAAUUUUUAUUUGAUACCAACAGUCUAUUUCUGAAGAACUUUAUAUUUUUAAUGCCAAACAGUUUGUGGUUACUUUUUAACUGAAUACUGAAAAUGACUUUCUAAACGGAGACUUUACUAAUUUAUGGGUAUAAUGGCAUACAACUAUUUAGACUAGUGCCAAUUGCCAAUUAAUAACACUGGGCGUUUUCAUAUACAUUAAAAGUCCGAUGUUCACCCAUUCGAUUCAACAAUAAGAUUGAUAUAUUCCUCAAGGUUUGCGCUUUUUAUACACUUGGUCCACUAGAAACUGAUAACACCAUUUCAUUUAAAACGAUUUCCAUAAUAAAUUUAACCCAAGGGCUGCUACAUUGAAUAAGCUUUACUGUAUAUCUUACACAAGAAAGUGUUUUAGCUAUAUCAUUAAAUUAAUACUGAUAAACACGUUUAAUUUAUAAACAAUAUAUUUCACAAAGGUCGAAAGGAGAAAGAAAAAUUAAGAAUUGAUUGUAAAAAUGAUCGAUCAUUGCGUAGUCUUUACUUCUGGUUUAAACAUUAGAUGAGCCUUAAUCAUAACGACAUUGUACGUGUAUUAUUAUUAUUUAAUCGAUUUAACUUCAUACGGUGUAAAUUGCCUAUUUGUAUAUAUCCACGCCAAACAAACAAUUGAUGUACAAAUAUAGGAUGAGGUAGCGAGUAUCUUACAUAAAGUAAUGCUAUGGCUAGGCCAGUUAUAUACCACACUUUUAAAACCCACUUUCGGCCUUGUCGAAUACAUUAUCUUAUUAAUAUGCAGGAAUAAAAAAAAUAAUGCUGAAUUAAGCCUAUUCAACACUUAAUUACAUAAUUGUCGGGAAAAUUAGCUUUGUUCUAAAGUAUGAUCAAUGCACCCUCAAGACCUCGACACAGCAAACAAAACAUUAUGUGCAAGUUAAAAUCUGUUAGUUAAUGGUUGGAGCUUUUGUUAUAAGAUUUAAAAAAUAACAACAUGUAUUAAAUUAAAGACUUUCUGAAAACAUAGUCUCCAACAUAAAUAUGUAAGAGUAUCCAUUUAAUACAUGCAAAAAUCAAAUUAUUUAAACGUAUGGCUAUUAACAAUCAUUUUUCACACACAUUUCAAUACUUAAAGAAACUAAUUGCAGAAGCCCUUUCGUGGUAAUUUACAUAACUCAGAGAUUAUGACAUCGACGACGACGAAUAAAAAUAUUUUUUUAGUUAUUGUUAUUUUUUUACUAUAGAAAAUGAGACUUGCAUUUUAAAAGGUACUUAGUCCGUCUUAUCAUAAGCAUACUAAACCGUAUAGAAAAGUAUAUAACUUAAGUUAAACAUACCUUAUCUACAAAGAAAGAAUUCUUUACUGCUUAAAUCAAACCGUGUUUUCUGCGAUCAAUGAAAUUGUUUACUAAUCGUUUAUAAGAGCAUGCAAAUGUAUUUUGAAAUUAUUUCUUAAAUUUAAGCUGGCAAUCGAACGUGCUACUUAAGUAAAAUAGUACACUUUCUUUCCGUUAACUUUAGUGUUUAAAUAAGUAAAUCGUAGAAAUCUAACACAAA